CUCAUAUCGUUCAUUCACAAUGACUACAGAAUCAGUGCUGCCCUGGGUCCGACUGCCCGAGCCCUACAAAACCACCUACGAUCUCCAAGUCAUCGCCGUCCAGCACGGCCUUAGACACUUCCAGCUACGACGAUCACCUCGCCCAGACGAAGGCAUUCCUCCUCCAGAACCACUGCACCACGAGACCCUGAAAUUCACCGAUCUCGCCAGCCCCGAUCCAUCGCAGACUCCCCCCGAGGGCAACAACUCAGCCUGGGCCCGAGCACAGCGAAGCCCGCUCACCUAUCUCACCUGGGCAGGCACCGAGGCGCCCUCUGUCGGUCAGAUCUGGAACACCGUCCAUGCCAUCUUGACGCUGCGCUCGGAGAAUGAAAUCUUUCGUGCCGUUCUCUCCGGCCCUGGCAGAGACGUGCUCGCAAAAGAACUGCAGGCUGUCGGACUCGCCGUCGACCAUCCCAGUCCCUCUGCUCCACCAGGGCAGGCUAUCCCCGAGUCCGUGUCUCACCAUGGCCAGCUGGUCUUCUACCGCAGCACCUUCUGGCAGGGCGCUGGAUCGCCCUUUGGCGCACGUCCUGCCUGGGUCGCAGACGCAGACAUCUACAGCUCCAUGCGCCGUCCUUUGACAAACUAUCCCAUCUUCCCUGUCCAGCAGACCCUAACCACCAAAUUCCCCGACGUCCGCGUCCAUGCCACCCAUCCCGUCCGCCCCGCAAAGCCAACCCCAGGCUCGCGGAUCUACAGCCGGUACAUCCCCCACCUGGACGAGUUCUUCUCGAUCUGGGCGCUGGACUACACCAACGAGGAACAUCUGCAGCUCUUCCAUAAGUGGCAGAAUGAUCCCCGUGUAGCAAAGGGGUGGAACGAGACGGGCACCCUCGACGAACACCGCGAGUAUCUGCGCAAGAUCCACGAGGAUCCGCACCAGAUUACCGUGUUGGCUAAGUUUAAUGAUACUUUCUUCUCCUACCAUGAAAUCUACUGGGCCAAGGAGGACCACCUCGGCGCGCACUACGACGCCGACGACUUCGACCGCGGCCGCCACAGCCUCGUAGGUGACCAACGCUUCCGCGGCUCCCACCGUGUCAUGGUCUGGUGGUGCAGCAUCAUGCACUACAUGUUCCUCGACGACGCCCGCACCAAGCACAUCGUCGGCGAGCCCAAGUUCACCAACCUCACCCCGCUCGCCUACGACCACGCGAUGGGCUUCAACGUGGAGAAACUAGUGGACUUGCCGCAUAAGCGGUCUGCGCUGGUGAAAUGUCGCCGUGAAAAGUUCUUCCAUAUUGCGCCGUUUCGGUUUGAUGGGACGGAUCAUUUGGAGCGGAAUCCGUUCCGGGCGUUGAAGCUGUAACUGAUAUUUACGUAGACAGUGAUAAUGAUGUACAAUGAUACGAUUGUUUUAAUUCAG